AUGAAUUAUAGACGAUCUCAACACACAGCAUCCGUACUAACGAAUGGAAAAGUAUUAGUUGCCGGUGGAGUUGACACUUAUUUUUUAAAUAGUUCUGAAUUGUAUGAUCCGUCAACAGGAACUUGGACAAGCACUGGUCAGAUGAUUUUUGGAGGAUGUCGAUAUACAGCAUCCGUGUUAACCAAUGGAAAAGUGUUGACCGUUGGUGGACAAGGUAUUGGUACUAUAAAUAAUGCUCAGUUGUAUGAUCCAUUAACAGGAACUUGGACAGCAGCUGCUAAUAUGACUACUCCACGAUAUUACCAUACAGCAUCCGUAUUAACAAAUGGAACAGUGCUAAUUGCUGGUGGAUAUUCCUAUGGUUACCUAAAUAGUUCUGAAUUGUAUGAUCCAUCCACAGGAACUUGGGCAAACAGUAGCAAUAUGAAUUAUGCACGAUCUCAACACACAGCAUCUGUUUUAACAAAUGGAAAAGUAUUAGUUGCUGGUGGAUUAGGCGAUUCUUUAUCUAGCUCUGAAUUGUAUGAUUCAUCAACAGAAAUCUGGACAACAACUGGUAGUAUGAAUAUCGGACGAUAUUAUCAUACAGCAACAGUAUUGACUGAUGGUAAAGUGUUGGCUGUUGGUGGAUUUAACGGCAGUGAUUUUUUUAUCGAUAGUGCCGAGUUGUAUGAUCCGUCAACAGGAAAUUGGACAAUCAUUGAUAGUAUGAACAAUCAACGAAGUCAGCACACAGCAUCUGUAUUGGUUAAUGGACAAGUGUUAGUUACAGGUGGUUACAUUUAUCAUAUUCUCAGUAGCUCUGAAGCAUAUUAA